AUGGCUGCAACCGCACUUGGGAUGAAUAAUCUCACCACCUUGAUCAAGAGACUCGAGGCUGCUACAUCUCGCCUGGAAGACAUCGCAUCAUCGACACAUGGCUUCGACAAUGCGCUUCCUGCCAGCGUGCCCGGCAGCGCAAAGGCUGUCGGUACUCCCGACCUCCCAACGUUAUCAGAGACCGUCAGCCAACCUACACCCCGCGCUGUUGUCGCUCCGUUGCCGUCCUCACUCGUGGACAUGGACGAAUUGAUUGAGACGGAAGUCAAGACAUUUGUAGCUGCAAGCAAUGGUCUCGAUCCUCUUCUUGCUGAGCAAUCCGCCGCAGUCGCCAAGGGCUUCGCCGAUCAACGCAAAUUUCUCCUCAUCACCACAAAAGCGAAGAAGCCUGAUAUGCAGUCGCAGACGUUCGCGGAUUUGUUGAAGGGUCUGCAGCAGGAUUUCACGACUGCCACGGACAUCAAAGACAGCAAUCGAGGAUCGCCAGUGAAAGAGCAUUUGGCUAUGGUUGCGGAGGGAAUCAGCACAUUGCAAUGGUUACUCAUGGAUGGUAAACCUGCAGACUUCGUUGGGGAUACCAUUGGUGGUGCGGAGAUGUACGGAAACCGAGUAUUGAAGGCGUUCAAGGAUGGAGAUCAAGCGCACGUCAAAUUUGUCCGCUCCUACUACGCCCUCCUCAAAGCUCUACAGGCAUACAUCAAGAAACAUUAUCCCACAGGUGUCACGUGGAAUGCUAAUGGCGUCGAUGCUGCACAAGCGAUGCGAGAUGUCGACAGCACGCCUGGUGCAGGUCCAUCACUACCCCCACCAGCAUCAGGCGCACCUCCACCACCGCCGCCGCCGUUGCCAAAAUUCGACAAUGCGCCGCCACCACCGCCGCUCCCUUCAGCAUCUCAAGCCAAGAGUGGAGGCGACAUGGGAGCAGUUUUCGAUCAGCUCAAUCGCGGCUCCGAUGUUACCGCUGGUCUACGCAAGGUCGACAAAAGCGAAAUGACUCACAAAAACCCAUCGCUGCGAGCAGGCUCUACUGUUCCUGAUCGGGGGGACAUUUCACGAAGCAAGUCGCCCGGACCGCAGGUGAAGCCAAAGCCUAGCAGCAUGCGACAUGCAAGCAGCGCUUCAGUCCCCAAGAAAGAGGGCAGCAAAACGCUAGAUGGAAAUAAGUGGCUGAUCGAACACUUCGAUUCGCCAUCAGCACCGAUCGAGGUCGACGUAACCAUCUCUCAAUCCAUUCUCAUCUCACGCUGCAAAAAUACCACGAUUCUAUUGCGCGGAAAGGCAAACGCUCUCAGCAUUGACAACUCUCCACGCACUCAACUGCUCGUUGACACGCUUGUAUCAGCGGUCGACGUCAUCAAAAGUCCCAACUUCGCGAUCCAGAUCACUGGCAGCGCUCCAACUAUUCUUCUGGACCAAGUCGAUGGUGCCAGUAUCUACCUGGGAAAAAGCAGUCUGGACACGGAAGUCUUCACAAGCAAGUGUAGUUCGGUGAAUGUAAUUUUGCCGCCCAGCGAAGAGAAUGAGGAAGAUGACGGCGUGGAGGUGCCUUUGCCAGAGCAAAUCCGGACGUUUGUGAAGAAUGGGAAGUUGGUGAGCGAGAUUGUGGAGCAUUCAGGUUGA